GGCCAUGAAGAAGUUUCACGAAGGAAAGGCCAAUGAAAUCUUGGACCCAAAUCUAGAGCAAACAGCUGCAAAUCAUUUGGCAGUGGAAAAAAUUCUGGAGUUGACCUUACAAUGCUUGGCUCCCCGGCGGCAGAGUCGGCCGAGCAUGAGGCGGUGUGCGGAGAUACUGUGGAGCAUACGCAAGGAUCACCGAGAUCUCUCAGCUCCAGAUUUCCGUUCAUUCUCUACGAGUUCACGACGGAGUGCAUCGGUAAGCGAUAAAUGAAACUCAAAUCCAAGUAGAAAAUAAGCUUUGAGUAGAAGAAGAACAAGAACUUGAAUUCUUGAUACAAAAGCAUGAUGAAUUGGAGUUCUUGAUCUUCAUUAUAAUAGGCUAGCAGUUUCUUAGAUCAUAUGUUCUUCCUCUUUCAUUGAUGAAAUUAUACUUCGUAUGUGUGCGAGCUGCAUCGUUUAGGUUGAUUUGGGCUGCUAUUACUCUCUUUUGCUCGUAAAUUUUUGUAGUUUAGUUAUGUUCGUAAUGGUCUGGUUGGUUUAUGUUCUAAUGACAUCAGCUAACAUGAUAGACGAUAAAUGAAAAGAGUAUCCAUACUUCUGUAGUG